GUUCUCUACAAGAUAUACCUUUACGUUUUUACAUGCUCUUUCUAACGUGCGUACCUCCUGCUUCCUUGUUAUUAAAGCGAGAAAAACUUAUUUGAUAGUCAUAGCCGAGGCUCUUUUUUCAACCGUUGAGUGAAUACAUCGUCAACAGGGCACCAUGGCCACGCCUUCCAGCCAUCGACCCCGUUGCUUCUUUGAUGUCAGCUUGGGGGGCAUUGGAGGAGGGAGGAUAAUUUUUGAGCUUUUCUCCGACAUCUGCCCAAUCACCAGUGAGAAUUUCAGAGCACUCUGCACUGGUGAAAAAGGUAUGGGGAAGACGACCAACAAACCACUUCACUACCAGGGUAGUUCCUUCCAUCGUAUCGUCAAGGAUUUCAUGAUACAAGGAGGCGAUUUCAGUGCAGGGACAGGCACUGGUGGAGAAUCUAUCUAUGGCGGAACAUUUGCAGAUGAGAAUUUUGAGUUGAAGCACGACCGCCCCCAUUUGUUGUCGAUGGCCAAUCGAGGAAAGGAUACCAAUGGUUCUCAGUUCUUCUUAACAACCAAGCCAGCUCCUCAUUUAGAUGGUAUCCAUGUUGUGUUUGGGUCAGUGUUGCAAGGUCAAGAUGUUGUUAGCCAGGUAGAGAACACAAGGACUGAUGCUAAGAACAGACCACUGACUGAUAUCAGGAUCACAAACUGCGGAGAACUUGUGCUAAAAGUCAAACCAAAAGAAUCUAAAAAGAAGAAGCAAGCAGCGAGUGAGGGAUCUGAUUCAGAUCCUUCUGAGGAUUCGUCAGACAAUGAGAGCUCUACCACAACCACUGACUCCUCAGAGACGGACAGCGAGGAAGAACGAAGGAAGAGAAAGAAGUAUCGAAGGAAGCUCAGGGAAGCCAAACGCAGGAAGAAAGAAAAGAAAAAGAAAAAGAAAGCAAAGAAAAUGAAGAAGGAAGAUGAAGUUGUGUGGGAGACUAAGGAAGUCAAGAGUGAGCUUUCUCAUGUCACGAUCAACCCUGAGGAGAUCCCAGAGAUUCCAACUAAUAGGUUUCUCAUGCGGGGUAUGCCAGAGAAAGAAAAAGAAGAGAGUAACCAGCAGCUUCAGCACCAGCGAUCAGUUGAUGCCUUUGGACGUAAGAUUAAAGGGAGAGGUCAAGUGCGAUAUCGAAUGGGUAAUCCUCCCCACUGGCGAGCAGAGAACCGUAACAAACGAGAGAUUGGUCAGGGGGAUUCCCCCGCCCGUUGGGAGAUGGGCGGGGCACUGAGGGAGGCCAAAGCCAAAAAGAGAAAGGAGAGGGCGAGAGAGGAUGAUUACAAAGGAAAAGAUAGAUACAGAAGACACGAGAGAGACCAUGAUAUUGACUCUGAGGUGGAGGAAGGAGAGGUGGUGUCACAAGAUUCCUGGGAAUCUAAGAAGAAAAAACAUAAAUCAAAGAAGCACAAGUCUCACAAGAAGCAUGACAGUAAGAAGAAAGACAGACAUAAGAAGAAAUCAUCAUCGUCAUCCAGACAUCGUACUUCAAGCAAACAUCAUUCUUACUCAGAAGAAGAGGAGGAGGAAGGGGAUUAUCCAGAACAACGUUCAUACUCGCGUUCACCCGACAGCCGUUCUCGCUCAAGGUCUCGCACCCCAGACUCGCGGGACAGAAGCCGGAGUAGGACUAGAAGCAGCAGUAGGGGAAGAAGCCGAAGCAGGAGUCGGAGCAGCAGUAGGGGCAGAAGACGUAGCAGAAGAACUCGCAGUAGAAGCCGGAGCAGAGGUCGGAGCAGAAGUUCGAGUAGAAAUCGCAGUAGAGGCAGAAGGAGAAGCAGGAGUAGAAGUAGGGAUCGAGGCAGAGGUAGGAAGGAGCGAGAGGGCCACAAUGAGUCUUCACAUUCUUUCUUGGAAUCAAGAUUCUCGAAAUCAUCCCGAGCUUACUCAGACAAGUCAGAAAGUCCGCUCAUUACCAGUGCUGUUACGAUCGAAAAAUUCAAGUUCAGUACACGAAAGAAUGACUCAUCAUCUGAGAAUGAUAGCCCGCCACCGACGCACUGGAAGCCUGGUCAGAAACCCCUGAACACGCGGCCGUCAUUUACAAGCCUAGGUAUCAUGAGCCAAGCACGUAAACAAAUAGAGCAGUCCGGGAGGGGUAGUAAACUAGUGAAGAGGGUAUCACCUCCACCCCAGCUCUACAAGAAAUCACCUUCACCACCACCAACCACUCUACCAUCCAAGAGUCCAAGAUCUGCAAAAGAUGGUCGUUCCUCUGGGAGUGCUAGUGAGAAAAGACUUAGCGAUCGUCCCAAGCCCAAAGAACCACCCACCAACCCAAUACUCUCCAGGAAACAUUCCCUAAGUCCUCUUCAUGGAAGUAAAGAUGCUGUCAUCGAGAGAUCCCCAUCUGGAAGUUCUUCUCCCAGUAGGAAAGAUGUAGCAUCUUCUUCACCAUCAUCAUCAUCAAGUUCUGACUCGGAAGAGGAUGAAAAGAUGUCUCCAGAGAGAGAAGAGCAGAGAAAGAAAACCUCUAAACCUCCUGUCAAGGAGACUUUCAAGUGGAACCCACCUCUGGAAGAUGAUGAAGCUAGUCCUGUGAUAGACAGCGAAGAUGACAAAGAGCCACAGGGAUUCCGCAAGAAGAGGAAAGGCGAGGCUGUGGAUGCAGGCAAGAAGCAGGAGAGGACAAAUGAUGAAAAGGUCGCAGAGGGCGAAGGAUCAUUGAAUGAGAGGCUGGAUAUCCUGUCAUCUCAUAAUCAAAAGAUCAAGCAGUUUGUUACCAAGGAUGAGGAGGAGGAGAAAGAGAAAACAGAUAAAGACUUGGAACCGGAGGUGGCCAAACAGCCAGAUCAACCAGGCAGUGUUACUUUAGAGAUCCAGUCUCCUAGCUCCUCUAGUUCCAGCAGUGGCUCUGGUAGCAGUUCUGGUAGUAGUGAUUCAGAAGAAGAUGUGAACGAAGAUAAGAAAGGUGGUGUGAAAGAGAAUGGUGAUGUGGUAAGCAUGGAUGCACAGCAGGAGCAGUCUGGUGAGGCGGAUGAUAAAAUGGAAGAAGAAAAAGGACAAACAGUAUUCCCAAACCAACAAGUUAAGAUGACUUGGAAGAGUAAGAAACACCCUGACAAACUAACUAACAAGAUGCCAAGCCCUGUCCUUGCAGAUCACAAGAAGUCUAUAUCACCAAGACCUAGAAACCCGUCCAUCAACACAGAAGUCCAGCAGGACACUGGCAUCCCGAAAAGCCCAGAAAACAUCCCCCUAACUCUGCCAAGUAACCCUGUGACCCCACCCAUCAACCCUCUGACUCCGCCUACCAGCAUCCCAGCAGAGCCAAGCAAAGCCCCCAGCCCAACCGUCAAAUCAAGUACAGCAUCCAACAUCACCCAGACUCAGCCCAUCAAACGCCAGACUCCCUCCAGCACCAAGCGUAUCCCGAAACGAAAUGGUGAGCAUAGGAGGUACAGCAGAAGUAGAAGCAGCAGUUCCAGUAGUAGAAGCAGCAGGGGAUCAAGAUCGGGACAUUCAAGGUCACAUUCAAGAUCAAGGAGUAGAUCACGUUCUAGCAGCAGAAGCAGGAGUGGAAGCAUUGAAGACAGUAGAUCCAGACGGAAACGAUCAAGGUCUUAUUCUAGAGAGAAUGCAAGGCACAGGUCACCGAAACGACGGUAUCGUCGCUAUUCCUCUUCUUCGUAUUCAUCAUACUCCAGUAGGUCCAGGUCGCGUGAUCGCAGUCGUCGCUCUCGAAGUCCUUAUCGAAACACAUCCUACAGCCGAAGCAGAGAUAGACACAGGAGACGAAGUCGCAGCAGAUCUGUCACAAGGUCACAUUCAAGAUCAUCUUCAGGUUCAAGGUCACGCUCAAGGUCGCGUUCAAGGUCACCCUCUCAUAGGCAUUCUAGAGGACGACAUUCCCGGUCAAGGAGCAGAGGAAGAAGGUCAAGAGAUAGCAGCAGACACCAACCUUCUAAACGUAUCAGAAGUCGUUCCCGUAGUCCACGCCGGAGGUACAGCAGGAGUCGAAGUCCUGUCAAGCGAAGAUACAAGUCUCGUUCACGAUCACGGUCCUUCGAUGACCGGGUUUACGGAAGGCGUCGCAGGUCACAUAGUAGAUCGUACAGUAGCCGCUAAUGGGUGAUGGUUUGAUUUCGGGUAAUAUGUAACUUUGUUUUUUCUGACAAAAUAAGUGAGUGUGAAAUAAAUUCAUUUUCAUUUUAAGAAAAAAAGAAACGUUCGCUUUGUUCCAUUGUCAACAAUCAUUAUUUCAGAAAAUGUAUUAGUCUGGUCUUUAUUAAUGUUUUAUGGUUUAAUGUUUUAAAUGAUAGAUGGAAGAAUGGCAGUACUGGGAGAUUUUGCUUUAAAAUGGUGAAUGUUAAACACGUUGUACAAUGUGAAAAUUUGUUGUAUUCUGUUAUCUCUCGUCGCGAUAAGAAACUAUGACUGGUUAUUUGGACUGUGAAUUGAAUCAGAAAGAUUUUUUCUCAUCCUUUCAGGAAUGGUCAUUUUGUGUAGAGGUUUAUUUUAAAAGAAUUUAGAUAAACAAUAGAGACAGAGAAACCUUUGAUAUAUGUUACAAGUGGAAAUAAACACUUGUCAUUUGUAGACCUAAUACCUAAUCUUCUUUCAUAGAGAUAUUCUAAAAUAAAUUUCAGUGCUAUUGGACAUAAGUACUAUCACAAAAGAUGUGAUUUCAAUUAAAGCCAUGCAAAAAAAGAUUUCCUUUAGAAGAUUAGGAGAAAACAAUGAUAUUCUCCAAGUGAAGUGAGUGUAGUAGCUACAAAGAAUGACAACACUUUUUUAUCAUAUUCAAGGUGACAUGCCUUUGGCCCCCACAGCAAUUGAUCCUGCCUGAAAUUAUAAGGAGAUAUAUAUAUAAGAAAGGGACUUGAGGGGUGUUGCAAGAAAGUAUUUGCAAUCAAUUGCAAAUUUCAAAUGAUAAUUUACAAGUGAUAGAUAAAUAUUAUCUAUUAAAAGCAAAUAAAUUUGUAUUUUUUUGCUGAUGCAUGAAGCAGGCCAUCCAUCAAUUUCAAGUUUGCAUUGAAAUGCAUAACUUUUAAUUGAUUUUUCUGACCUGAAAUUGACCUGCGAUCAAUAAUAAAUUUCUUGUAGCACCCCUUAAGUGCUGUGAUAUUGUUUUGGGUUAAGAAUAUCUGUUAAUUAAAUGCCAGUUGUGGGACUAACAUCUAAAUAUAGUUUUGAACAGAGUCCAAUGAAAUGACCACCCAAGUGGUUGUAUGUAUAAAUAUAAAAUGGGUGCCAAAUGAGUUUGGUAGGAAAUGUGAUAAUUAUUAAAGCAUAGCAUUCUUGCUAGGUGUUUUUGCCAAGGCAAUGAUGAUUUUGUCCCACACAUGCUCUGUGUUGGUGAUCUUCUCCAGUGUGAUCAUUUUUCAGCUUACACUUAAUUACAGAGCUGUGCUUAUAACAUCUAGAUAUUCAGGGAUAUGGUGCCAAUUAAACUUGAUUUUAAAGACUUUCCAUCGGAUUAUUGUCGCUGGAGAAAAUGUUGUGGAUUAUCGAUCAUGCCCCCCUCUUCCAAAUAAAAAGGAAUGACGGUGGGCUAUCAAUGAGGUGGUUGCUUUCUUUCUUUGUCAACAUCUGUGUAAUGACAGGUGCAAAUCUUGCAACAUUUAGGAUUCAUUGUUUAUUUUUUUUAGUUUUGUCAAGAUUGUCAUAAAGAAUGUUGUGUAACAAGCUGUAUAUAUUUGGAGAUGCCUUGAUGAUUAUGUUACAUGUGGGAUUAUUUUUGGCUUUGGUUGUAAAUCUUUGAGCAGAAGUGUAAAUUCAUUUUUAACCAGCUACAGUUUGUGUAUCUUGAGUUCAUGUACCUGUAUGUCUUACCUUGAUGUUAUUAUUCCAGUGAUUUGAAAAUUAUGUUAAAAAUUGGAAUUAAAGAUAUGGUGUAAGAUUAUCACAACGGUAUGCAUUCAGGGCAUAAAAUCCCAAUCAAAGUUCAAUUUGCCAAAUCAGGGUUACACAACAAAGUAAUCGGCCGUGGAGCUUAUUUUUAAUGAUUAAUAGCAUUGUAUAAAUUAGUAUGUGUGAUCAAUCUUAAAAGAAUUGGUCCUAUGAACAAUCACUAAAGCUUUUGCGGGGCCCAAUAUGUUCUAGACAUUUGAUAGGUCUGUAAUGAUGUAUGUGACUCAAUCUCAAUGGAAUUUAUACAAAUACCAGUAUAGUUUUAGUUUUUAAUUUUUUUUGGUUGCGCCAAAAACAGAGAAAAGCUCUCUGGGAUUCUAUGAGGAAUAGUAAUGGAUUAUACCACAAACAACCAAUAUGUUUUUAUUGGCCUUUGUCUGAUAUUUUAUUUGACUCAAAGCUCUCAUUCUUUGAAUAAAAUUUCUUUCAACCUCA